AUGGAUCAUACUCCCCUCCAUGAUGAUCCGGAAGACAACAGCAACAACCAGCAGAGCACUAACAUUGAGGCGGCUGAUCCUGAAAGCAUAAUCUCUCUGCUUGAGAACCUAACCCUUACCGACCAUGAACACCUCGAAGACAUUCAUGACUCCUCGGAAACCAACAGCGAUGCUCCUCAAGAGACGACAGAACAAGAGCGCGCAGAUUUUGAAUUGGCCAUGCUCCUCCAAGCCCAAGAAGAUCGAGGGUUCGAAGAGCACGACCAAGAUCUCCCACCCGAAGAAAGAGAGUGCUCCUGCGGUGAAGUUUACACCUGCUUGAAAGAUAUAGCAGUUUUGAAUUGUGGCUGCGUCCGGUGCCCCGACUGUCUCAACCAGAACGUCCUGGUCGGUCUCGAGUCAAAGGCCAGCUUCCCUCCGAAGUGCCAUGGACCCAUAGACAUCGAAGACAUCUCACACUUCAUCGAGCCACUUACUCUAGCACGUUGGUCAGAGGUCAAGACCGAGUACACCGACGUCGCCCCUGUCUACUGCGCUAUCCAAGCAUGCGCUAAUCAAGCAUGCUCACAGUACCUCAGCAAGAACACUUUCGUGGAAGAAGGAAAGUGGGCUCUCUGCUACAAAUGUAACGCAAAGACUUGCCCGGCUUGCCUACACCUACAAACCGAGCAUGAAAAAGGUGUCUACCCAGAACGACUGGCGAAAUUGGAUAGGGAGCUCAUGGACAAGGAGGGCUGGAAAGAAUGCCCACAAUGCAAGAACAUGAUUGAGAAAAGCGACGGCUGCGAUCAUAUGAUAUGUGAGUGUGGUCAAGAGUUCUGCUACCAGUGUGGACGGUCGUACACCGGUGGGUUGCCAUGUAACUGUCACGGUAACAACGAAUGGGUCGAAGAAGAUCCUGAGGACAAUGAUCCCUUUAUGCAGCAACGACUUAUGGACGAAAUAGCAAACAUGGGACGUCGCAGAGUUCGGCGUCCGCGAAGAGACGAAUCAGAUGAUGACGAAGAAGACUCUGACAUCGACAGUGGAGAUGAGGCUAGUGAUGACAACGAAGAGGAGGUGGACAGCGACAAUGAAGAGGAGUCUGAUGACGACAGCGACGAAGACUCUGGUGACGACGAAGACGGAGAACCAACAGACGAAGAAGAAGGAUCAAAUCCUGGUCGACCUGAUACCCCUCCCUGGUAA